AUGCAACUUCUCUCACGGCCAGUGAAAAGCGUGAUCAGCUUCGGCCUACUGUUAGGGGCCGCUGCGAUUCCCGCACCCGAUCAAGCAGUGCAGCAGUUGAUGCGGAUUCCACCCAGCAAUCAUCAAGAUGCAUUCGGCAAUUCCCCCUACACCCCCGAGCAUCGGGAUCCGUAUGACCACAAGGUUGACUCGGUUGGCGAGCAUCGCCAGCCAUUGCCGUUCCGGAAUGGCCAUGGAGCAACUGUUCAAGGUCCCCGAAACAAGGAUCGAGAGCGUCAGAAUCCUGACAUGGUACGACCGCCGAGCACUGAUCAUGGCAGCAUGUCGAACAUGCGGUGGAGCUUUGCCGAUUCGCAUAUGCGGAUUGAGGAGGGAGGCUGGACGCGUCAAACUACCAUUCGCGAAUUGCCCACGAGUCGGGAACUGGCGGGCGUCAAUAUGCGCCUGGACGAAGGAGUGAUUCGAGAGCUGCACUGGCAUACUGAAGCCGAGUGGGCGUACAUCCUUGCCGGUCGAGUUCGAGUCACGGCCUUGGAUCCUGACGGUGGCAGCUUCAUGGACGAUCUCGAAGCCGGGGAUCUUUGGUAUUUUCCAGCCGGACACCCGCACUCAUUACAGGGCCUCAGUCCCAACGGCACCGAGUUUUUGUUGAUUUUUGACGACGGUCAUUUCUCAGAGGAGUCAACAUUUUUGCUGACAGACUGGAUGGCGCAUACACCCAAAGCGGUACUCGCGGAGAACUUUCGAGUGAAGCCAAACACGUUCAAAUCAAUUCCUAGUGGCGAGAAGUAUAUCUUCAAAGGUUCGAUGCCCGACAGUAUCGAGGAGGAAAAGCCUCGGGGCUUCCGAAAGUCCAAGAUUCGCUUCACUCAUCACAUGGACGCACAGGAGCCAGUGCGUACUUCUGGGGGUCGUGUGCGGAUCACCGACUCGACCAACUUUCCCAUCUCCAAGACCGUGGCUGCAGCGCACUUGGAGAUCGAGCCCGGGGCGAUCCGUGAAAUGCACUGGCAUCCCAACGCGGACGAGUGGAGUUACUUCAAAAAGGGCCGAGCCAGAGUCACCAUCUUUGCUGCCGAAGGGACCGCCCGAACGUUCAAUUAUGUAGCCGGCGACGUGGGCAUCGUCCCUCGCAACAUGGGCCAUUUCAUCGAGAACUUGAGUGAUGACGAGCCGCUGGAGGUUCUGGAAUUGUUCCGCGCAGACAAGUUUCAGGAUUUCUCCUUAUUCCAGUGGCUGGGUGAAACACCGCGACGCAUGGUCGCUGACCAUCUCUUUGCCGGUGACCCGGAAGCUGCGGCGGCUUUUCUGAAACAGAUUGAAGGCGCUGAAAAGGAGCCUCUAAAGGGCACCACUUGA